AUGCGGGCCGAAGAUGACCUAUCGAAAUGUACGGUCAACCUUACUGAACCGCAUAUUUGGGUUUUACAUAUACUGGAAAUCGUUUUGGCUGUGCUUGCGCUUAUCGCCAACUGUAUUAUGACCGUCGUCACUCAUAACGCCAUCCCAGUACCAUAUCCACAGCGACGAACGCUUGCGUCAAUCUCGUUCAACUUCGUGCUGCUAGCUGGUUACCAACUUGCCAGAAAUUUGUUCCUCGGAGUGUCUAUGUACAAGCCGUGUAUCACUGUGGUCACUACAUUAACGUGCAAGCAACACGAGUUCCCGUUGCUCUUCUGUUACAUUCACGGUGCCAUGGCAGUUCUCAUCGCAGCAAUCCAAGCUAUGACUCAAAUGAAGCCGAAUCAUCGCCCAUCUCAGUGGACAUCUACGUGUUCCGUAUGGCAGAGCGCUCUGAUUGUGGUUUGCAUUGCAGCUACUCUCGUGUUUACUGCUUUUGAUCACGACUUGGAGCCACAGAAAAUGGGACAGUGCAUUUUGAUCGCCCUGGAAUUGUCUUUCAUCAUUCUGCCGCUUAUUGUAGCUUUCCUUCAUCCUAUGCUAACAAUAUGGUAUGUCUUUCCAAUGCGUGACGCUGCCGUUAGAGCAUAUCCGUGUCUCCGUUCGCUUUUGCCAGAAUACGCAAUAGUUCCGCCACCUCCCUUAUACACUGAAAGACGAGGAAAGUCGUUCUUCAACCAGUUGCUUAAGCACACACCAGCCCAUCUCACGAAAACCCAAAUGUUCCUAAACCGUCUGCGCAACGUACGUCCCAAAAUCGCGUACGUUAUGGAGCCGUUCGACGUUACCGCCCUUCACACUCACGUAUCGAACAACUACGCAACGCAAGCCAUCCGCGAGCUCCUUGAGCAACACGAAGAAGCAGUUAACAUAUGGUCAGGGAAAUAUUACGCGCAAAUUAGAGGGUUGGCAAUGGGACAGCGACUGGCACUAACCCUUGCCGUUGCGUUCAUGUCUAAAAUGGAAGCACUAGUAAUCGAUCUCAGGCCAUUACUCUACUGUAGGUAUAUAGAUGAUUGUUUUGUCAUCUGCUACACAUAA